AUGGUGCUCUCACUAGUCAUUGACGACACCUCAUUGGUGCUCCUGCUUGCCUUGGUAGCAGUGCUCGCUCUCUCAAUCUACGUCUCACGCUCCUACCAGCCGCUCAUCCACCCACUCAUCCUCACACGUCAGGCCGAUGUAUCGCAAACGCGUCAGCCCAAAGAGUCGGCCAUCUACCGCAACGCCAACUCGCCCUCGGGCUUCGACCUCGCCUUGAGGCCACGCAAGGAGGUCAACGACAUCGCCGACCUCAUCAAGCACGGCGCUGACGGCUCGGAGCGCACCGCCAAACGAUCCGUCUACGGCAAGACAAAGUCCAACGAGGAUGUCGCCGGCGACGCUACCGCCUUUGCGACAGGCUUCAUCAAGCUCUCCUCUGCUCCCGUGCCCCAGACUGUAUUUGCUGUCGUGUCGGAGACAGACUCCUACGAAAGUCUCGUCGCUUUGCUCGCCAACUCACAUACCUCGGUCAGCUCGCGCUUCCACACUGUCGUCGUCUCGCCGGAAGAGCUCCACAAUCAGAAUGCCAGCACCCUGCCCAGCGCGUUGUCGGAUACAGGCGCUCGUACCGCCAUUGGCGCUUACACUACUGCCAAGAGCAUCGACGCUCUCUUGAGACUUGGCUUCUUCGACUCUUCGGCGCUCGUCAUCGUCCCCGCUUCCGAUGUCGAUCAGGUUCAGAAGCGGGCCGAUGCGCACUUUGGCGGCUCGCAUCACCUUCGCAUCUACACCUUCGACAGGGUUGUCGAAGCGGGCAGCCGUGGCUCUCUUCUCGGUCCUGAUGCUGCCGACCGCGACGUGAUCCACCAGACUCAGUCGUAUUACUGGCAAGCACCUUCGUCGCAGUGGAUCGCCGUCCAGCACGCCAAUCUUGUCGCGGGCGUCACUUCGCAGCUGGCCAGCUUCCCCGCCGACAAGAUCCCCAGCACCGUCGACCACUUCUUCGUUGACGCCGGCUCUUCUCCCCAUAUGUCAGCAUCGUCGCUCUCGGCCACGCGGUCGCCUUUUGGUUUCGCGCUUGCAUUGACAGCGCUCUACACCGGAGCUGCCAUCACAGCCGACCUUUUGACGUCAAACUACGACGACUCAAGCCCAACUUUCUCGACAGCUUUCUCACAGGCAAAGCCUACUUUGGUCUACGCAUCCGCAGAGGGCGCUUCUUCGCUUGCUUGCACACUUGCUUCCAGCAGCCGCCGAUCACCACUCGCCUCAUGGGCAAGCAAGAACAAGCUCUUCACCCUCCGCAACGGUACCUUCUCACGCAAGAGCCUCGCUGAUCGCCUCGUCUUCAACCAGGUUCGCGACAACAUCGGCGCCAGUCGCGUCAGGAACGUCCUCGUUGCUAGCCGAGGCGACACCGUUCCUCAAGCAUUGCUCGACGCGCUUCGCACGCACCUUAGCUGCGCUGUACUCAACGCAUACCUGCCCAAAUUGAAGGCUGCCGCUGUCACUGCGACAGUCAGCGCUACACACGCAUUCGACCUCCAAGCCUUCGCCGAGCACGAGACAGGCAGCAUGCAGGUGCCAGCGCACGUCGGUCCUCCUGCCGUCUCUGCCGAGAUCAAGCUGGUACAGUCCACUGCUGCUACGGAUGCUGGAUUGACGAUCGCAGGCGAGAGGCAGCCGGGCCAAGCAGGCGAUCCCAUGGGCGAAAUUCUCAUCCGCGGCAACCUCGUCGCACGCAGUGUUGAGAGCAAGGACGACUGGGUGGCAACGGGCGACCUCGGCGCUUUCCGUUCAAACGGCACCCUGGUGGUGCUUCGCGAUGCGGACGAGGCCGAAGUGGCUGCUGUUCCCACCCUCAACGCUCGCAAGCCGGUCCUCCGACAGCGCCGAACCCGCGCCGCCAACGCAGCAAAGACAGCGCUUACCACCGCACUCUUCCUGGCUGCCACCGUGACGCCCACCGUCUCCGCCGGCCACUUCUCCAAACGCAGCAACUCGAUCAACAACACCAUGAGCGACAUGGCCAAGAUGGGCAUGCUAGUCGGUCAACGUGCUUCCUGGGAGCAGGGUGUCUCACAAGCCGCUCUGCUCGAGCUCGACUUCCCCGGCUGGUCCGUCUUUUCGUCCUCCUCCGGUGGUCCACCUUUCAAGCCGGGUAGCGAGCGAUCCGCUGGCAACCCGCCGAACGAAGUCAUCGCCAUGGCCUACGCCUCCGUUUCGCGGUCGGACAGUCUCGGUCGGCUGGCGUUCCGCAUUACGGGCGACGAAGAGCAGGGUUCCGGAAGCUCCCUCGACGGUGCAUCCCCUGGAACGGAGGUCCUGCUCGCUGCAUGGCUCGACGGCGAGAUCGACCGUAACACAGGCAGUAUGAGCAGCGGCUUCUACGGUAGUGCAGCCCAGCGCACGCUCAACAUGGUGCUCCGCCGCACGCCUAGGGCUAGGUCGGGAGCGAUCAGCCAUAGGUACUCCGAAGUGAGCCUGUGGAGCGAUGCGAUCUACAUGAUGCCCCCCUUCCUGGCGUGGUACGGCAUGAUCACGAGGAACAACACGCUGCUGCAGGCGUCGUACGACCAGAUCCGGCUGUAUCGCAACGAGAUGCGGCUCACCACGGGCAGGUCGACGGGUCUGUGGGGUCACAUUCUCAGUCCGGAUGACGACGAUUGGACGGACGGCGGGGCGUGGGCGACGGGUAACGGUUGGGUGUUGGGUGGCAUGGCGAGGACGCUGGCGACGAUCGAGCAGAGUCAGGCGAGUGGGUCCAUGACGUCCCAGAAGACCGAUCUGAUCAACUGGAUGCAGGAGAUCCUCGAUGCCUCUUGGCCGCUUCUCGACGAACGAGCGCUGCUCUUCCACAACUACAUGAACGACACCUCCACCUUCUACGACUCUGCCGGAACGGCAUUGAUCGCCUACGCGACGUACAGGCUCGCCUCGAUGUCGCCGAGCAACAACCGUUGGAUCGAACAGGCAGAUAUCGUGUACCGUUCGUUGGCGACGUCGCUCAACUCGAUCGGCCAAUUCAGGGAGACCUACCCCGUGGUCGACGUGCUCGCCUUCAACCGUCAGGGCGAGACGUCGUCCGAGUCGCUCGCGUUCAUGAUGCUGAUGAACGCCGCCAAGCGCGAUUAUCAGAACAGGGACGUGGUGCGCAUCACCGCUCCGGGCAUUCCGACCAAUGCGGCGUCCACCGCGUCGAGAUCGACUGUGGUGAUUCUUGCCGCGGCCGCGGCGUCGCUCCUCUUCAUCCUGCUUUAG